AAUAUGUAUAAAGAGGUGCCGUGGAAGCUACGUUGUUAGGGCUACGUACUAUCUCUAUCUGAUCUUUGCCAAGAUAUAUUAGUGGUGGUUGCCAUAAUUUUUCAUGUUGUGGUGUCUUAGUUCUAGCUGGUAAAGUAACCGAAAAUACAUGUUCGUUUGUGAGGAGGUUAAUAACGAAAUAAUGAAGUUUUAACAACCCAAUUUCAAAGUAUAUGAAUGUGUAUGGUCUUAUAAUAUGCAUGGUCCCAAAUGUACACGUGUCUACUUUAUACGACACAUAAUCCUUAACACCAUGUGGAACACGAAAAUCCGAUUUAUAUAUCUCUUCUUUUUUUCGUACUAAUUAAAUAAGGUCGAUCAAAAUGUCACGUUUUCCUCGAGAGGAAAUGAGAGCUAUACCAUUUGACGUAAUUUGGGCUUCCAUUAUAACACUUCGAGUUACUUUAGACAUGAAGUGUACUUUUUUGAUUUACUUUUAAAAUUUUUUGGUCGAAAAUACCCCCAACAAAGAAAAAAGAAUCCUGAUUAAACAAUGUCUCGUUGGUUUUGUUUUAAUUAAUAGUUAGAAUUAACGUUUACAAUUAACAAUUGACAGUUUUAUAGAUUGUAGAAAUUCACCAGGAACCGUUGGAUUGGGUAUUUAUAUUUUUGAUCUAAUGGUUGAGAUUAAAAAUAAUUUUUUUUUGUGGAUGGAGGAGCUUGUGUUCAUGUGGUCAAGGUCUGAAAUAUUGUGAUGAGAGGAUAAGGAUGUGUGGUCAUGGAUAGAGGUUUUGGUGGGAAUGGCUAAUGUUACAUGGUCAGGAGUGAAAGUUACAUGGUUAGGAUCAGCAGCGAUGUGGGGAGUGGUGGGGGUGUUGUGUUUUGGCGACAUGGAGAUGUGGUCAUGGUAAGUAGCGUUUAGCUGGACAGCUAUAGGUAUGUAUUGUGGCCUGGUGGAGAGGAAGAGGUUAAAGACAAUGUUGGUGUGGUCAAUGGCUUCGUGGAUAGGUGCAAUAGGUGUUGGGAGAGGGGCAGAGGUGUUGUGGUUAGACGAGAUGGAGUUGUGGUCAACUGUUCAUCAGUCACAGCAUCGUUCACAAAGGGGAUGGUCUAGUUCAAUCGAAAGUUUCAAUUUAAGCAAGAACUUGAUAUCAAGGAUGGUAAAAAUGAAAACGAUAUGUAACUAGGAAAUAUCUUUUAUUGUGAAUGUUUCAGCUGUGAGAAAGUAUCGGCAUAGUGUGUUUUCGUCGGCGGUUCGGUUUUCUACUCUGCAACUGCAAAAAUGAAAAUUGAUCUAGGUUAAUCCAAAACAGAGGGGUUUGCAAAAACUUAUCAAGGGCCCGUGACGGCGCACAAGUUUCUACUCACCGUCGUAGAAAGAGGCGACCUAGAUGGAGUGGAAAAUUGACAUCGUAGGAUUUGAGAAAGAUUCGUCAAGCUACAAUUUAUGAGUUUGAGGAGAAAUUAUGUAUAUGUCGGUGACUAGGUUUGAAAUCAAGGUAACGAGGAAUUGAUUUUCGAUGGAAAAAAGGUAACUCCUUUACUUUUAAUGACAUGGUUAAUUUGGACAUUGACACAUCAAAAAGUCCAUGACAUGUGGGAAAUAUGCAAGAAUGAUAAAGAGUGAGUAUAAAGUAUGUCAAAGUGUAAUUUUUUCAGAGGAAAUAGGUCUCAAUUAUACGUCCAAGUUAUAUAACGUAGUCGAUGUUUUGGAAAACGGGACCACAAGUUUAUUCGAAAAUGCCACAGGAUUGUACAAGAAACGUGAAAGAGAAGACAACCUCUAAACUUCCUUGUUUCGUUUUGAUAUGCAACAUUUAUAAUGCAUAUCAAGGAAAUUAAUCAGUUGCGAGAGAAGAAUUGAAGGUUUUGUUUCAUUCACCAUGAAUGGAGGAGAUCUUGAUACAUCUUAUAUAUACAACAAACUGAUGAACGAAAGCAAAACAUAAAUCCACAACAUGACAACAUGAAUACAUUAACACGUAACAAUUUUUUUACAUAAACAUAUAUUUUGUUUGUAAAAAAACAUGUAUUAUACAUAAAAAUUGGUAAUAUACAUAUAAAUAGAGCAGUAUACGUAUAAAAAUACAAAAAAUUCUUCUCUGCGUACUCCCCAAUUUUUUUCCGCUUUUUCGAUAAAUCGCUAGGUCCGGAUGCACCGCACGCGUAGCGUCUGGCGAGUUUCCGAACAAAGCGGAUAAUGUAUCUUGUUCUCGGUAAGUGAUUAAUAAAUAGACGCAAAUUCGUCAGAGACAGUUACUAACUAAAUUUUAUUAACUUUGUCAAUUGUUUAUUAUUUUUUAUAUAUUGAAUAUUUGGUGAUAUUAUAUAUACAUAUAUAUAUUUCAUUUUUUGUUAUUCUUUUAAUUAAUUUUUUAAACAUCGUCGGAACGCGCGCUCUCGGUGUUUUCCGAUAACCCUUAGCGACAAAUUUACCGAGAACGAGUUUUUUCUCGGUAACUUCCGAGAACAUGCCGACUUCGUACCAUUUCCGACCGAGCGUCGCUAUGCGUGCCUUUUUCUUGUAGUGGUUGUAUACUUGUAUGUUGAUGAUUCGAGGACAUGGUGAGAACUUUUCACAAUCGCGGUCCCCUGUUUGUAUAUCAUGUGCAAACCAGAUGUCAUGCAAAAAUGGAUGACCAUGAGUAUGUCGUCGGUGCUCCCUCGUAAGACUUUAAAAGUUUCUGAUAAAUUUAUAAUUUUUCCCUUAAAUCUCAUUUUGUUGAUAUAUCUUAGAUAAAAUGCGGCAUGUUCACAGAUUUCAAAGCUCAGUGAUAAGGUGUGUGGGUAAGUGGGUUAUGUUACUAUCACAAACCAGGAAUACAAUCCUAUUGUAGAUUGGUUUAUCUAUUUUUAGUACUAGUACAAACCAGGACGUUCUCAUUAGUGACAGUGGGCACAUUUUACCAGUAGCUAGAACAUGCACUGGUCAAAGCAAACUUAAAGGUAUUAUUCUAUCUUAGGAGUGAUGAGUUUGAAUAGAUUAGGUGAUACCAAACAUAGAGCUGGCCUAAUUAUAAAGCGAAAUCUGGUUACUUUUUAUCGGGUUUUGGCAUCAUCUCUAGAUAAUUAAAUGCUUAACUCAUUGAAAACGUUGUUGCAAAAUUCUACUUGAAUUAAGUUAUUUUAUCUGUUCAAUAAAGAUUGCAAAAUAUGUUUUUUUUAGAAUAAAGAUUAUAAAAUAUGUAAACCUUUCCGCAGAAGUCUCUAGCGCAUCCAGAAUUCUACACCCAUGCUCUUUAUUGAAUCCUAUCUCUCAUCAUAGACAUUACCCAUAUUCUCCAGAAUCCUUUUUGAUUAUACGAGUUUGUAUAUAUAUAUAUGCUUGAUAUCAACACAUAGUGGUCAAUGUUCACCGGUUCAACAGGCGUAUGUCUAUAAACUCCAUAGCAUCAUCAUCUAGCCGACCAGCUCUUAUCAACGACGCAAGAGUAGUGUUCAGGACCAGAUUACUAGGCCCAAAUAGUUAGACAAAUGGGCCUAGGCCCGAACUAUUCGUAAAUUGGAAUAGAUUUAUUCGGAAAACCGAACCGGUUAAUAUAAUAAGUUUAGCUUUCUCUACUACUUCAAGUAGGUUAACAUAUGUAGAUUAUUUUAUUUUUUUUUGUAAUCUUUCUGUAAUCUUUGUGACAUAAACAAGCGUGGAUACUCAUCAUGCCGAGCGGGAGAAGCGACUCUGCCGUUAAGCUAAUUACAUACUCUGAGGAGCUUGUGGAUGGAAAACCAUUCUACGAGUUUUCCAAUUCUCGUCCCGUGAAGGCUUUGAACCGUGAACCUGCUGGUCACGCCUUCCACUCAGCUGCUCUCAAACUUCUUGGCUGUGCAGAGAAACCUAGCGCUGGUGAAGGUAGCAAUAAGAAAGUUGGUGAUGAUGAUAAAGAGGAGGAGUAUUCUUUUCCUUCAUUCAACCCUUAUGCCAACAACAAAGCGAAUAAGAAGAAGAAGAAGAAGCCUGGUGCACAGCAACAACAAGACCACCAACAAGACCACUACGCGUUGUUGGGAUUGAGAAACUUGAGGUAUCUCGCAACAGAAGAUCAGAUAAAGAAAAGCUACCGCGAAGCCGCGUUGAAGCACCAUCCUGACAAACAACACGCUGCUCUCCUUCUGGCAGAGGAGACGGAAGAGGCCAAGGAAGCUAAGAAAGAUGAGAUAGAUUCUCGCUUCAGAGCGAUUCAAGAAGCUUACGAGGUGCUGAUGGAUCCAACCAAGAGGAAAAUAUUUGACUCCACUGAUGAGUUUGACGACGAGGAUUGCUCGCCGCAAGAGUUUUUCAAGGUGUUUGGUCCAGCCUUUAAGAGAAUUGCUAAGCUGUGGGCGAAGGCGAGUCAGCGUGUACCGGAUUUGGGAGAUGAGAACACAAAGCUCAAAGACGUUGAGAAGUUCUACAGCUUCUGGUACGGUUUCAAGAGUUUGAGAGAGUUUCCUGACAGAGGAAAGCAUGAUCUUGAGAAGGCAGAUUCGCGCCAGGAGCGGAGGUGGAUGGAGAGAGAGAAUGCCAAAAAAACCGCAAAGGAUAGGAAGGAGGACGACGUUCGAAUCCGGAAUCUAGUGGACAAUGCGUAUAGAAUAGACCCCAGGAUCGCGAAAAGAGAAGAGGAAGAAGAGGCCAAGAAGCAGCGGAAGAAAGAAGCGAAGGUUAUGGCUGAGAAGAAGCGGGAAGAGGAAGCCGCCGAGAAAGAGAAGAUGAGGAAAGAAGAAGCAAAAGAAUCCGCCGAAAAACUAAAGAAAGAGAAGGAGAAAGAGAGGAAACUCUUACUCAAAGAGCGUAACCGUCUUAGAACUCUCUCAGCUCAUGUCCUGGCUCAGCGUCUCCUCUCCAAGGAAGAUGUAGAGAAUCUAUGCAUGUCACUAAACAUCCAGCAGCUGCAGAGUCUAUGUGAUACGAUGGGAAACAAACAAGGGGUAGAAUUGGCAAAUGUGAUCAAAGAUCACGAAGCCAACUCUAAAGAGAAAGAAAAUGAGAAAGCCAACUCUAAAGAGAAAGAAUGUGAGAAAGCCAACGGUGGUGACGACGCAGAGCCUACUAAAUUAGAUAACACUCAGAAGAAAGAAAAUGAGAAAGCGGACGGUGACGCAGAGCCUACUAAAUUAGAUAACACUCGGAAGAAGCAACCAUGGAGCAAAGAAGAGAUUGAUAAGCUGAGAAAAGGAAUAAUAAAAUACCCAAAGGGGAUAUCUAGGAGAUGGGAGGUUAUAUCAGAUUACAUUGGUACAGGAAGAACCGUGGAGGAGGUUCUUAAAGCAACUAAGACCGUUCUUCUCCAGAAACCAGAUUCUGCCAAGGCGUUUGACACAUUCCUGGAGAAAAGGAAACCUACAGUUUCAAUCGCGUCACCUCUCUCCACAAGAGAGGAGGAGCUUGGAGAAUCUCUACCAAUGGCAAACAAUGGUGAAGCAAGUGGGAGUUCAGACGCAGAUGGUUGGUCGAGCGUGCAAGAAAGAGCUUUGGUUCAAGCUUUGAAGACGUUUACUAAAGAGACGAGCCAAAGAUGGGAGAGAGUAGCUGCGGCUGUUCCUGGUAAAACGAUGGUUCAAUGCAAGAAGAAGUUUGCUGAGCUUAAGGAACUCAUCAGAAGCAAGAAAGCUGGAGUCUAAAGGGGAAAAAAAAAUUGGAGAAUUUUGGGUUUUAAUAUUUUCGAGUUCUUUAUGUAUUGAGUCACUAGCAUAUAUCAUAUAUGUUUUACCUAA